AACCCACGCCCCUUUUAAGAAUUACCCGCGAACUUCCAGACUAAACUCGCGCGCUGCAGGACAGAGAGGUGCAUUCGCAUACAGGGGAGCAGGCGCUCACAAACAUCACACGUUUACGCAAUUUUCUUUUUUAUCGUCAGAUUACACGACAAUGCGAUCAAAGAGGCAGCAGGGGUCUCCCCCCUCCACCAGAAUGAAUCUGCGCAGUUACAGGAACACAGCUGCUGUUCCCAUGGAAACCUCUUCUUCAGAUGACAGCUGUGACAGUUUUGGAUCUGAUGGGUUUGGGAACUCGAAGAGACCACUGAGGCAAACUAGGACCUCUCCUCCAAGUAAAAAAGUGUUUGACCUUCCUGUGGAGGAGGAAGAUACCUGCAGCGGGUUUGAGGACGACCUGAAUGAUGACAUGACUGACAUGAACAUGGAUUCUGACACCGAAUGCUGCUCGCCUCCCAGAAAAACUCGCCGAUCAUUCACACUUAAAGUAGCUAUGAAGUUUCCACCGAAACGAGCCAGUCCAUCAAAACCUGCAGCGUCUGAACCCAAACCUGAGCCUAAACCCCAACCUAAGACCAAAGAACCCAAGUCUGAAUCUGAGGGUGAUAACUUCAUGUUGAAGAGAGCUCUAAAUAUUAAAGAAAACAAAGCUAUGCUGGCUAAGCUAAUGGCUGAACUGGACAAAGUUCCUGGGCUCUUUCCUAAAAGGUCGUCUUUAUCUCCGGGCAGCACGCCUCGUGCACCACGGCGCUCUGCUCAGCCUGGGUCAGCUCGCCGGAGAAAUCCAGAGCGGACGUCUCGUCCUCACACGCGUUCACGUUCACUUGUCGAUGGGCCGCCUUCUCCCCCUCCAGAGGAUGAUGAUGAAGAUGACAAGUUCAGUCUUGUCCGAAGGCAAAAAAAUUACGAUGAUGAAGAGGAGAGGGAACCACGUCGACGCAGUUAUAACAGCACUCUGACUAUUCCUCAUGUCGUGAGGCCUGUGGAGGAAAUCACUCAGGCUGAACUGGACAACAUCUGCGUCAACGUCAGGGAGAAGAUUUACAACCGUGCCACUGGCUCCACGUGCCAUCAGUGUCGUCAAAAAACCACAGACACCAAGACCAACUGCCGUAAUCCAGAAUGUGUGGGUGUUCGAGGGCAGUUCUGCGGGCCAUGUCUCAAGAACCGCUACGGAGAAGAGGUCCAGGAUGCCCUCCUGAACCCGGAGUGGCUCUGCCCCCCAUGCAGGGGUAUCUGUAACUGCAGUUUCUGCCGGGCCAGAGAGGGGCGCUGUGCUACAGGUGUGCUUGUGUAUCUGGCUAAGUACCAUGGCUAUGACAACGUCCACGCUUACCUGAAGAGUUUGAAGAAAGAGCUGGAAGAAGCUGAAUGAAAGUGUGAAAACUGUUGGCGUUUCAGAGUCCCUUACACCAUUUCUGCAUGAUUCAUAGAGCUUCCCUAAACCUGCUGCACAUUUUGUAAUUUGAGUAGACGGUUGUCUACAUGAAAGGCUUUUUAAACUUGCAUUGUUUUAAAUGUAUACGGUGAAUUGUUUUUGAAAGGGAGAGGUUUUUUAUCUUUGUACUGUAUUGAUGAUUUGUUUUUAAUUGUUGGCUGCAAUACUUUGAGCAUUAUUUGAAUCAAUUGAUUCU